AUGGAAGCUGUGCAAAAAGAACACGAUCGGAUCCUCAAGAAGACCAAAGGGUCUCAAGGGAUUAACAAUGUCCAAUCGACCAUCGAUCUAUUACAGUCGGCCCGAGAUGCCAUAGCUACGGAUCCAACCUCUGCGGCUGUCACCUUAGCCAAGCUUCAGAAUCCUGUGAAAUCAUCCUUUGACUCAAUUAAUGACAGCUUGAAAGAGACUCAUAGUAGCCUGAACAAGUACACCAAGUCUCUGGACAAGUUGUUCAAAGAUCGACCCCUCCCGACCACCGAACACGAUGCUCUCUCCUCACAGGAUACCCUGAUUAACCGGGCCAUCGCGAUGCAUCUUCUCCGGGAAGGACAGUUCGGUGUGGCGUCCGCCUUCCUGGAUGAGAUCGCAGAGCAAAGGCCGACCGAACACCCGCCCACCGAGCCCAAGCAGCCGAGACGGGUGCAGUUUGAGAGCGACCCCAGCAAACCCGGCAGCAUCCUCGACCCUCACGACGUCCCUUCGGCCGAGGUCCGCAACCAGUUUGCUUCAAUGUACUACAUUCUCCAGCAGCUCCAAGAUAACCGAAACCUGCUCCCCGCUAUCGAAUGGUCGAGAGAGCACCGCGAGGCAUUGGAAGCCCGGGGCAGCAAUCUCGAAUUCGAACUCUGUCGCCUCCAGUACGUCUGGCUGUACCACGGUGCGGGCAACCCGGGUACCGUCAGCGGCUGGGCUGCCGCGCUGGAGUAUGCGCGUCGAGAGUUCCACAGCUUUGUACCGCGCUAUCUGCGUGAGGUCCAGCAGCUCGUAGGAGCAAUGGCCUACACUCCCAACCUCGGGGGAUCCCCCUACGCCUCCUUGUUCAAUAACCCUUCUGCCUGGAACGAUGUAGCCACCUUCUUCACCCGAGAGUUCUGUUCGCUGCUGGGCCUGUCGGCUGAUUCACCCCUUUACAUUGCUGCGACUGCGGGUGCCAUCGCGCUGCCGACGUUGUUGAAGCUACAGACCAUCAUGAAGGCGAAGCGCACGGAAUGGACGACUGAAAACGAGCUGCCGGUCGAGAUCUCUCUCCCGCCUCAAUAUCUCUUCCAUUCCAUCUUCGUUUGCCCUGUGUCUAAGGAGCAGGCGACUGAUGACAACCCACCUAUGAUGAUGCCGUGUGGUCACGUCAUUGCGCACGAGUCGUUGAAGCGACUGGGCAAGGGUAACCGGUUCAAAUGCCCGUACUGCCCCAGUGAAAGUCACCCGAAAGACGCUCGCAAAGUGUUCUUGUGA